ACCUGCCCACUGCAAAUGUCUUCUCUAGGAAAGUUGUGCCGCUGUUAGAUAGUUACAGACCUCACUCCAGCUGACUUCAGACCGGGCUUCUCAGCUAGACAAAAAGAAGGUAGAAACACAACAUGAGGGUGUGGAUCGUCUUUCUUCUGUGCCUGGCCGGCAAGGCCAUGGCUGCCCCAACUGAGGAGGCAGUUGCCGUAGACACGGUUGUCGAGGAGGAGCCCAUCAUGGAGGAAGAGCCCAUCAUGGAGGAAGAGCCCAUCAUGGAGGAGGAGGAGGUUAUUGUCGAAGAGGCAAAGGAGAUUGGAGCCAACCCUGUCCAGGUGGAGACCGGAGAGGAGGCUUUUGAUGAGGCCAUCGACAUCGAGGAAGUUGCCACCGAGAAUCCCUGCCUCAACCACCACUGCAAGAAGGGAAAGGUGUGCGAGGUCGAUGACACCAACUCCCCCAUGUGUGUGUGCCAGGACCCCACCACCUGCCCUGCUGCCGUCGGAGAGUUCGAGCAUGUCUGCGGCACUGACAACAAGACCUACGACUCCUCCUGCCACUUCUUUGCCACCAAGUGCGCCCUGGAGGGAACCAAGAAGGGACACAAGCUGCACCUGGACUACAUCGGACCAUGCAAAUUCAUCGCUCCCUGCAUGGAGACCGAGCUGAAGGAGUUCCCCCUGCGCAUGAGGGACUGGCUCAAGAACGUCCUGGUGACCCUGUACGAGCGCGACGAGGACAACAACCUGCUCACCGAGAAGCAGAAGCUCAGAGUGAAGAAGAUCUACGAGAACGAGAAGAGGCUGCAGGCUGGAGAGCACUCCCUGGACCUCCUGGCCCUGGACUUCGAGAAGAACUACAACAUGUACAUCUUCCCCGUCCACUGGCAGUUUGGCCAGCUUGACCAGCACCCAGUUGAUGGAUACCUGACCCACACAGAGCUGUCCCCCCUCCGUGCCCCUCUGAUCCCCAUGGAGCACUGCACCACCAGCUUCUUCGACAUGUGCGAUGCCGACAACGACAAAUACAUCGCCCUGGAGGAGUGGGCCCAGUGCUUCGGCCUGAAAGAGCAGGAUGUCGACAAGGACCUCGUCAUCUAAAUAUCCGCACAGUCUUGGACGCUUCCUAGUUUUGAUUGGGAGAGGUGCUAACCCCUUAAAUUAAAUUUACAGUAAUGGUGCUAAUCGCAAUUUCUAACAAUGUACCUAUACCACUAAAAAAAAGAGAAAAAAAUGUGCACAGUCCACAUUAUCCAUCACGCCGUAUGGUUGAGUGCUUCUAAGUUUUACCUUUCUUGUUUGUGCAAAAUGAAAAAAAAAAAGUUAUUGAAGUAGGCAUGUGUAAAGUGGAUGGUAAAGACAGCAAAGGUUGGAGCAAGUGCAUGUAAUGGCUUGACUGUAUGUUGGCAAACUUGUAAAAAGUAAAACGGGUGCACAAAGAGAUAUAUAUUUUUCACUGAAUCAGGGCUUUUCCUUCAAGAGUUCAUGAGGCGAAGAAAUGUAAAAUCAAAAUAAAAGACCCUAAAUAAAUGUCCCCUCUGCUUGCUUUAUAAACUUUUAGUUGUAUUUGUUGCACUCCUUGGUGGUGGAUUCAUUUGAGUUUUUUUAAUGAUCUUAUUAGACCGAGAUGCUUCUUUAAAUUGAGCCCUGAACCUCGAGAAGUUUUUGUUUUAUUUUUUAUGAUUUUUUAUGUGCUUAUUGUUCCUUGUCAAAACAGGGGUAAACAUGUUUAGUGUACUGACAUUUUGAACAAUAAAAAGGAAAUAUUAUUUGAACUUUAAGAGGAUGGAAUCUCGCAGGGUGAGACUAUUUCUCCCUCUAACAUGUUCGCUUUUAUCGUUUUCAUUUUUUUGCAACCGUGUGAGUAUUAUAAACUCUCUCUACAUGAAUAAAAACUACUGAAUUUUCCCAACCCGA